CGCGGAAGAACAAACAUGGACCUCGAUCGCUGGAUCAAUUUCAUCGGCUCACUGGACUUGUAUCGGCCGAUAGUCCGCAGAAGCGGUGACUUCCGUAAGACAAAUCGCUGCGUGCAGUCGAAACGUGUUAAUCCUGUGAAAUUCCAUAAAAUCGCGUGUGCGUACGACGAGAAAGACGAAGACAACGCGAAAGGAGUGAGUGAGAACGUUUGCCACUGCGAUAUUUGUUGUUCAUCGUGUGUCGCCGCGUACGCGGCAUUUAACGUCUGUGUCUCAUUGGUGACUAUCGUACGUUUUAUCGGUGAAAAUCAGCCAGCGGAAGGGCGCUGCGGCCCGAAUUUUCAUUUAUCGGAUGUGCAGUUUCCUUCAGUACGGUUCGCGAGUUUUGUCAGUGAUACGAUGUCAGACGAGGACCAAUUGAAGUCUACGAUUGACGGUAUUCUGCCGUUCUUGCAAAGCAUCGAAUGGAGAGACCCAUGGCUUGCUCUGUUAUUGACUUUCCAUAUUGCAGUCACAAUGACUGCAUUAAUGACACGAAACCAUGCUAAUUUUCAAAUUAUGUUAUUCCUCGCUCUAUUACUCUUGGUAUAUUUUUCUGAAAGUAUUAACGAAGUUGCUGCAUCUAAUUGGAUGCUGUUUUCAAGACAACAGUAUUUUGACUCUAACGGACUCUUCAUAUCAAUUGUAUUUUCUGUGCCUAUUUUGGUGAAUUGUAUGAUCAUGAUUGCUAGCUGGCUUUAUCAAUCCAGUCAAUUAAUGACCAGUUUGAAAAGAGCCCAGUUGAGACAACAAGCAAGAAAUCGACAAAUAGAAGAUGAAUCCGUGAAUGUGAAUGGCACUGUUGUAAGGGAGAAGCAGGAAUAACGUUUCUAGUCAAAUGACAAGAAGUGUUAAAACAAAAAAUGAGAAUGUACAUUACCAAAAUACCAAGCACUAGCUUUUUUCCACGAAUAGAGUGGUAUAUCACGGCAUUAUAAAAUUCAGCAAAUGUUAUUCAAGAGUGAUAGCAUUCUCUAAAAAGCUACUGCCGACAUAGUCAGUACUGUAAUUCAUAUUGAAGUUGACUAGUUAAACUGUCGGUAAGCUGUACUUCCAAACUCGUACCGUACAUGUACGUGUAUUAUAUGAUGUAAUUAAUUAGAAUGCAAGUGUGAAAUUUUAAAAAUAACUUAUUCCAUAAUUAAUCGAGUACUCGAAUGCGAGAACCAUGAAAAAUGAUGUAAUCUAUAAAAGGAUAUUAUCUUAUAUUAAGGUACAUUCCGACAUUCUCUGCUUUUAUUUUAAUGUUAAAAUAUUCAUUACAACUCAAAGUGUUCUUAACACAUUACCAGUGUACUUACUAAUGUAACAUGUAUCGCUUCUUGAAAAAAAAUUGAUAUAAAAACACGGCAUAAUUAGAUAAUUAUGGUUUUAGGUACAUAUGUAUGUGUGCAUAUAUGCGUGAAUGAGUAUACAUUUUUCAGAAAGAAUUACUAUUUCGAUCACGGAGUAUUGCGCGUGUAUUUGCAACCAGUCAGGCAUCCUUAAGUUGUAUAUUUGUGUAAAUCAAAGAACAUUUUCUUGCCGUCGUAUUUAAUGCGUGACUAAUCAAUUUAAGUAAUAAAAUAUUUCUUCUUAAAA